AUGGUGUCUCCUAUCCAACCCUCCCUUGGGGCUUUGGCAUCGAUCGUGGCUUCUGACCAGUCCAGAGCCGACAAGCCAAACCUUUAUCCAAUUUUCAAGUAUGUGGCCAACGAGGACUUGACCGUACACCAAGCCUACUUGAGAUUGGCUCGUUUGAACGAUUCUGGACGCUCGGAGUCGUUCUUAUUCGAGUCUGCAGUCAACGGUGAUACCGUUGACAGAUACUCAUUCAUCGGGAUCAAGCCUAAGAAGAUCAUCAAGACUGGAGACAUUCCAGAAGUUUAUGGUGACGAGCUCAGCAACGUUGACCCAAUCACUGUGUUAGAGAAGGAAUUGAAGAACUACAACCAAGCACAGUUGCCAGGACUUCCAAAGUUCAGCGGUGGGGCCGUUGGUUACAUCUCGUACGAUUGUAUUAAGUACUUCGAGCCCAAGACAAAGAGACCAAUGGAAGACGUAUUGAAGGUCCCUGAAGCUGUGUUGAUGUUGUGUGACUUGUUGAUAGUUUUUGAUCACGUUUACCAAAGAUUUCAAAUCAUCAACAACGUCAAGGUUGCUGGAUCAGACAUCGAAGACAGUUACAACAAGGCCAGCGACGAGAUCAACAACGUGGAAAAGAUCUUGAAGGACCACAGUGUUGGCGAUAACAUCUACCCUGAGCAGGGUCCUAUCAAGUUGGGCCAAGACUUCACCUCCAACAUUGGACAGGCUGGGUACGAAAACCACGUUACCACCUUGAAGAAGCACAUCUUGAAGGGAGAUAUCAUCCAGGCUGUUCCUUCACAAAGAGUGGCCAGGCCCACCUCCUUACAUCCAUUCAACAUAUACCGUCACCUCAGAUCUGUGAACCCAUCGCCAUACUUGUUUUACAUCGACUUGGUGGACUUCCAGAUUAUUGGUGCUUCUCCCGAACUCUUGGUCCAAACUGACGCCAAGGGCAAGGUGGUCACCCACCCUAUUGCUGGUACCAUCAUGAGAGGCAAGACCAACGAGGAAGAUGAGGCCAAUGCCGAUAUUUUAAGAUCCAGUUUGAAGGACAGAGCUGAACACAUCAUGUUGGUGGAUUUGGCCAGAAACGACGUCAACAGAAUAUGUGAGCCAACUUCCAAUAGCGUGGACAAGCUUCUUACCAUUCAACGUUUCUCUCAUGUCAUGCAUCUUGUUUCUGAGGUCAGUGGGACUUUGAGACCAGAUAAGACCCGUUUCGAUGCCUUCAGAUCCAUUUUCCCUGCCGGGACUGUGAGUGGAGCCCCCAAGGUCAGAGCCAUGGAGCUCAUUGCCGAAUUGGAGAAGGAAAAGAGAGGUGUGUACGCUGGGGCUGUGGGACACUGGGGUUACGACGGCAAGACCAUGGACACCUGUAUUGCCUUGAGAACCAUGGUCUACAAGGAUGGAGUGGCAUACUUGCAAGCCGGUGGAGGAAUUGUUUUUGACAGUGACGAGUAUGACGAAUACAUUGAGACCAUGAACAAGAUGAAGGCCAACAACAACACUAUUGUGGAGGCCGAGAAGAUCUGGGCCGAAAAGGUAGGCGAGGCCAAGUGA